AAAUCCUCUCAUAUUCCACCUCACUGUUGACAAUAAUCCUGGUAAUAAAAUCCCUAGGCCUUGCUACUGACAUAACCUAUGUAAUUUGCCAUUGAACUGAUGCAUAAUGGAUUCUAAAGGGGCACGAGCAUCUCUUCUUUUUGCUCACAAACACUGAAAGGUGCAAAACAGAUCUCCUCACAUCAUAAUCACAACUGUUCCAUACCCAGGAUAAUCUACGAAUGUCCUCAUAUUACAACGCAGCUUUAUCAAAAAGGCCCAACUACUGCCUUCACUUGCACCUAAUGCCUGACAAGUGAUUGUACUUACAGUAUAUGUGAAUAACUCGCAUUGCCUACUCUCAUUUCCAGGGGACAAGUUAGAAGGUGACAUGGACAACCCCCCACCUUCCUUUUUGUUUUUUAAAAGUGUUGGAUGGAAUUCUGUGGGUAAGAGUGAAUUGGUUGUAAGACAAGGUGAAGAGCUUGUGCAUUUCAGCUGCCAAUAUCAUCAUUUCAUCAAGAUGAGUAAUAGUCACCCACUCCGUCCUUACACAGCUGUGGGAGAAAUUGACCAUGUUCACAUUUUGUCAGAGAAUGUCGGUGGUCUGAUGAAUGGGGAAGAGUACAGUGAUGUUACCUUUAUUGUAGAAAAGAAACGUUUUCCUGCACAUAGAGUCAUUCUGGCUGCUAGAUGCCAUUAUUUCAGAGCACUAUUAUAUGGUGGAAUGAGAGAAUCUCAGCCUGAAGCAGAAAUCCCUCUUCAGGAUACAACUGCAGAAGCAUUUACAAUGCUGCUGAAAUAUAUCUACACAGGCCGUGCUACAUUAAGAGAUGAGAAAGAAGAGGUACUCCUGGAUUUCCUGAGCCUGGCUCACAAAUAUGGAUUCCCAGAAUUGGAGGAUUCCACCUCUGAGUACCUUUGCACCAUACUCAAUAUUCAGAAUGUUUGUAUGACCUUUGAUGUUGCUAGUCUGUACUCACUCCCUAAACUGACUUGUAUGUGCUGUAUGUUUAUGGAUAGAAAUGCUCAAGAGGUGCUCUCCAGCGAAGGCUUUCUGUCACUUUCCAAGGCUGCUCUUCUAAAUGUUGUGCUGAGGGAUUCAUUUGCAGCACCCGAAAAGGAUAUUUUCCAGGCUCUGAUGAACUGGUGUAAACAUAACCCUAAGGAGAAUCAUGCUGAAAUCAUGCAGGCAGUGCGCUUACCCCUGAUGAGUCUGACAGAGCUACUAAAUGUUGUAAGACCUUCUGGAUUGCUGUCACCUGAUGCCAUUUUGGAUGCCAUUAAAGUUCGUUCUGAAAGUCGGGACAUGGACCUCAACUACAGAGGCAUGCUAAUACCAGGCGAGAACAUUGCAACUAUGAAAUAUGGAGCCCAGGUUGUAAAAGGGGAGCUGAAGUCUGCUUUGCUAGAUGGGGACACGCAGAAUUAUGAUUUGGAUCAUGGUUUUUCCCGACACCCAAUUGAUGAUGACUGCCGUUCUGGCAUUGAAAUUAAACUAGGUCAGCCGUCGAUAAUCAACCAUAUACGAAUACUACUUUGGGAUAGAGAUAGCCGGUCUUAUUCCUACUACAUUGAGGUGUCCAUGGACGAGCUAGACUGGAUCAGAGUGAUUGAUCACUCGAAAUAUCUUUGUCGGUCCUGGCAGAAGCUGUACUUUCCUGCCCGUGUCUGCAGGUUAGUUUAUAUGCAUGAUCCUCUAUGUGUAUCUUUUCAGUUCGUAGGCACCUAAAUAAGAGCCUUGAUUUUUGCAGGUAUUGAGCAGUGUUCCCUCUAA